AUGACGUGCCUUGGUGCCUUUUGUCUCCAAUCCAAGUACGGCGGCGGUGGCGGUGUAUCCCCGCCCCCGUCAUCACAGCAGGCGGCGCCGGGCGGCGCGGCAGCGGGUGCGGACGGAGACUCUGACGAGGACAGCGAUCCCGAGCUGCAGCAGCUGUACGUCCAGUCCUACGCGUGCCAAGUCUUCCGCGAUGACCCCGCGGCCACCGCUGUCCAAGAUGGGGCUCACUUGCGACCUCUCACGGUCCCACAGGAUCCCGAGGGGGAACCUCUGAUGCUCGACCGUUUCGACGCACGGUGGAUGCUGGACCUGUCUGACUUCAGCAAGGGUACAGGGUUCGCCCUUCCCGCAAAGCUGGCGGCCGAGGAGCGUAAGGCGGAUGGGCUGCGGUACGACGGCCUUCCCAGCGGGGAUCAUUCUUUAGUGGUGGAGGGGCUUGGACAGUUUGCUCCCACGGGAAGUUAUGCACACGGCGGUAGUCGCGGGGGCCUCGGGGAUGAGGAAGAGGAGGAGCCGGAGGUUUACGGCUACUACGGCAGAACCGCCAGCCCCCCACCGACGUCGGCGAACGCCGGGCGAGGUGCCUGGGCAACGACCCAACCCCCGCCACCUUCCGCAGACGCUGACCCGCCGCCAGCAGCAGCAGCGGGUGAUGGUGCCGGGGGUGGAGGGAGCGAGCCCAUGAAGGGUGCGGGGGGGGAGCAGUUUGAGGAGUUUGUCGCGGACUUUGGCAUCCCGGAGGGGCUGGUGGCGCCGGCUACGUUCCGGCAGCACAUGAUGAUGGUCGGGACUGCGAGGACGGCUGUUCGUUCUCCUCAGCUGGAAGUACUCCUUCGGCUCAAGCAGCAGGCCAACGAGGCCUUUUCCUUCCUGUCGCACGAGGACCCCGCACACCCCUACUACCUCUUCCUCAAGUCUUGGGGGGAGAGCGCCCUCGCCGCGGAGUACGCCCGGCAGCAGCGGCUGCAGGCAGAGCGCGCCGAGGCCCGGCAGAGGCAGGACCAGCAGAGGAAAGAGCGAGAAGCAGCGGCUGCCAAAGCUGCCAAGGAAGCGCCGCCGCCGCCUCCUCCUCCUUCCCCUCCGCCAUCACCACCGCCGGACGCCGAAAAUUCGGACGACGCGGGCGCUCCCAAUCUGCUGGGCGGCGCGUAUGAAUCCUCCGAUGACGAGGAGGAUAACGCCUCCACCGCCGCCGCCUCCACCGCCGCCGCCGCCACCGCCGCUCCCGCCGCAGGGAUAUCGUUGCCUCUGGCUGCGGGAGUGACCUUUGGGGGGGUGGGGGGUUCGGUUGGGGAAGCCGCGGUGUUGUCCCCGGCGGUGCCAGGGGAAGAGAAGCGACAGGUGGUGGAGAAGAUGGUGGGCUACGUCGCCAAGAACGGCCAGGCGUUCGAGGACCGUGUCAAGAAAAGGGAAGCAUCGAACCCUACGUUCGACUUCCUCAACCCGGCGAACAAGUUCCACGCCUACUACAAGAGACAGCUAGCGCUGGCGAAAGGUGAGCCUGUUCAGCCCGCCCCUGGGCAAGGCAACACGGGUGGCGCGCCGGCAACCGGAGGAUCGAGUAACUCCGACGUUGGGCGCGCAGCUGGCGCCGUGCCCGGCUCAAGCGCUAGCCAACGCCCUUCCUCAAGUGACACAGCAUCAAGCACAGCUGCUUCCGUGGCCGGUACGCCUUGCGGCAUCGCGGUCGGUGGAGGUACGGAAGGAGAAUCCGCCAAGCCCGGUGCACCGGCUUCCCAGGAGAAUGGCUCCGCUGCUUCUGGCUCGUUGACCGCCGGGACGAAACGACGGCGACCGCAAGACGAAAGUGGAGGCUCGAACGGCAACAGCGCGGAUGGGAACAACGCUGCGUCAACCGCGGCGGCGCCGGUCGACGCUUCCAGCGCCGCGGGGAACCUCCGGGAAAAGCAAGGGGACAAGCUCAGGAUGGCGCUGUCCACGGUUAAAGAUAAACGGGGUAAAGCAGGCGAUGGUCGGCAGGCGGCGGACGGAGACAAGAAGGGCGAAGGUGACCCAACCCCUGGCUCCGCCAGCGGCAGCCGUGGACGUUUAUCCGCGGAGGGAAAAGUUUGCGCCGCGAGUCAGCCUGAACCAGAGGGUGUGGGGGCACCGUCAAGUGCUGCGGAGGGGGGUCGUGCUGACGACGAAGAAACUAGGCGAGCGAACCGCCUGAAGCGGAUGCGGCUCAUGUCGGGUCACUACAAGCUCGCCGUCUUGGAGCACUCGUCGGAGCAGCAGCAUGAGAGUGCCGCUGCCGUCGCGUCGACUGAACCGGCCCCGGGAGCGGUGUCGGCGGGUGGUGGUGGUGGUGGUGGUGGGGAUGGGGAUUGCGGUGGAACUGACGACCACUCCUCGGCGGACGGCCUGUCUGACCUGGACUACACCAGCAGCAGUGGCGAUGAGGACGAGGGCCGUGGGCGGGAUGACGAAGCUACCGGCAGCAGUGAGACGGCGAAGCCCGCCGCCCGCAAUAGUUCAUCUAGUGGCGGCACGCCAGACCGGUGUGACCGUUCAUCGCGGGCCGCUGGUGCCAACGGUAGAAGCAGCAGGAAAGACAGGCCGCAUUCCAGGGACAGCACGCGUAGCCGGGGACCAAGAGCCGAAGACGGCGGUGGAGAAGGGAGGGAGAGGGAGCGCCGGCGCGGGGAGAGCCACCGCAAGAGCGGUAGGGACAAGGAGGUGGGUUCUCGUCGAGAAGAUCGAAGGGAUGAACGACGGGGCAGAAGCCGGAGCAGCAGUCGAAGCCGGCCCAGCGGCGGCGGUGAGCGCACGGCCAGCGGCGGACCAAGCAGAAGCGACCGGGAUCGGUCAUCGCGGGCCGGAGAUGGUACAGACCGGAAACGGAGUGACCGUAGCGAGAGGGGAGACAGAGACAAGACCAGCAGCAGGAGCUCGGCUGCGUCUUCUCGAAAGCCGGAGAGCAGUAGCAGGAGGGAGCGGGACGGCAGGGUGGGGGGGGGCAGCCGAGAGAGGGUUCGCGAGAAGCCGAGGGGUGAUCGUGAGACCAGCGGCAGGAGGAGCUCGAAGGACGUUCGCAAGGAGGGUGAGCGUGCGGAGAGAUCCAGCAGGAGGAGCAGGAGCAGGGAUCGCGGGGAGAGCCGGGAGCGAGGUGGCAGCAACAAACGAUCGAGACGGCGAUAGAUUGGAGUUUCGUGGGCGCUAAUAUGUCGUGUUUGUGGCUCUCUGGUUACGUUCUUCCCCCCCCCGCCUUCCCUCCAACGCCGUCUCUGUACGUACGUAUGCAUGCGUGUCUCGUCGCGUUUGUGCGUAAGGUCCUUGCACUCACAGCGCGCGAGCUAUUAUAGGUGUUUGAAAAUCCAGGACGGCUUAGGACUCGAGGCAUGUGCAGAACCAGGAUGGCAAGAAUAUGUGGUGCUUGUUUGGUUUUCUUCUGGGUAGUCUUGACAUGCUUAUGGUAGCCUUGUUAGCCUUGCGUUACUCUCGAGAACGAGAAGUGCUUGACUGUAAGCAAUGCGGUUGCGCCUUCAACUUUUUGCACCCCCCCCGCCCCCCCUGGUUUGGGAAUGGUAGGUUUUUCGUUCAGGCGUGUUUUAAACCGAUGCCGAACGGGUAUGUCCAUCCUCAAAGGGUGCAGGUUCAUUCGAUUACAAGCAUGCACCGCGCGAAAUUGGCCAAGCGCGUCGGUCUGUACUUAUUUUGUAGACUGCUGUGUAGGCAGGCGUAGAGUAGACGGCACACAUAUCAAUGUACCGGGUUGCUUGUUCGUUCACUUUUUGCUCCUCGGUUUCUGGCGCAUGGAGUCAUUAGAGAGCUAGUAAUUUGCGGUGCACAUCCACAUGGAACUGGCAACUUUUCAGUACAGCAACCGACAGGAACCAAAUAUUUGGGGGACAUUUUAUGUCCCCAUUUUCACCUGCUUGAUCUGCGAAGGAUGGCAGUUGUCUAGUCCUUUUAGCGCCGUGUUGUGGAUCCGAUACCACAGCAGUAUACCACAGGACUAUUUUGAACAUUUUGUGCUUGAAAGUGAGGGGGCGGGGGAUUGAUAUUUGCGCAGCUUUUCAAAACAGUAGUUGUAAUAGGACCGACGAAAUAAAGCAUUUGGCGAUAAUCUUGUCUGACCUACAAUGAAUGUCCCCCAAAAGCCGAUCUCCAACGUCGAAUCGCGGGGCGAUUAUGCCACGGGUUAACAGCGGAAGUGCGCCGCGUCUGUCUACAUGCCUGAAAGAUACUGCUGCGAGUAUAUCUAGCAAUGCCCUUUUGGGUGAAAGCGCUUCUAGGUAGGGGAAGCUAGGGCUUGGGUAUUAUUAAGUUACAUCUUGUUUGCGUGUCCGUGUUUACAUGGAUUCUUCGGUUCAAUUUCGUUGUUUUCAGGACAUGGGAUGGAGGACCUCCUGGACGUUUGUUUUCCAGCUGCUGGUCGUCGGGAUAUUUCUACUGCUGUCUAUAUUGAUUAUUCACAAGAGGAAGGAGGCUAGACGUGUGGUCGAGCAUGAAGCUAAUCUCGCUUCGAGCAUGAGCUACAAGAGGCUGGGCGUGACGCUAGGGUCUCGCGAAUUGCGAACACCGUGAGGGCGGUAGUUAAGGCGCUUGCCUUUGGAUUUGGUGCCGCGUUUUAGUCGCAUUACGUAUAAUUGGACUUGUUUAGCAAAAAUUCCAGAACAAGCAGUCCAAGCUGCGCCUAUCGCAUUCAACAGGCAGUUGUCGUUACUGUCGGUGUUGAAGGGCGUGCCCGUUUCACAGUCAGCUUCGGGCCCGAAGGAGGGCUGCCGUGAACAAGUCCUUGCAAAUAUCUUUUUUCGGGAGCUGUGCCUCCGGCUGCACGAACACAUUUCCGCAGCGGUUUCUGCAUGUAUGUAGAAGUGCUAACUAUUCAUGAGGUAUGAGGUGCCCCGGAGAGCAACCAAUUUCCGGCGAUUCUGGCGAAUACAUGAUCAAUAUACGGCGUCCCCAAAAAUCAAGAAAAACAAUCCUACCCAAACACAAUUUUAUUUAUUUUUGCCUUCCGACAAUUGCAGAUGUACCUCAGAAAACUUUCACUUAGUGUCUCAUACUCUACAUGAAUAUUAAACCAAUACGAAGUACAACAACAUAUGUAGGACUUAUUUCUACUGUCAUUUACAUCGUAAAAGUAUCUCCUCUUCAACUUACCAAUGACAAUCCUGAUGGUAUCCUAUAUGCGUUCGUAAGCUUGCUAAAAUACUACUGCGUUGAUGUCCGCUUGUAAAAGCUGAAAUCCAACAAAUGCUUUGAUCCAUGCUACAUCUCCGUGUUGGAAAAGCCCUUUCAUCUCCGUUCAUGAUAACAUCUUCUUACCCUAUUCUACGCAAAUCUGUCACAUCUACUCUCAAACAAGACGCCAACUUCAAACGAAAACAAACGCGUUCUACGAUGCGUCUACACUCCAUCCCCAUAUCAUUGGCGUUGACUGGUCCGAGGUCGAUCUUGUUCGCCUGUUUUC